GACUAAAGAUUUCAAGGAGGGAGGUCUACAAGCCAUUGACUUUGAUUCCAUAAAUGGUACUCUGAAAAUUAACUGGUUAAAAGCUUUUUUAAAUAACAACAACCUUUGGUUUCAUAUUCCCAGAGAAAUUUUAAAAAAAUUGGGAGGGAUAGAAUUUUUACUUAGAUGUGAUUUCACUCCCCAACGUCUCCCUGUCAAACUAUCCCAGUUUCACCAGCAAGUCUUGUUGUACUGGUAACUUUUAUACAAUCAUAAUUUUACGCCACAUAAGACCCCAAUAUGGAAUAAUAGAUAUAUCACAAUAAGAAAUAAAUCACUUUAUAAUAAGGACUGGAUGGAGAAAGGUAUCUGGUCGGUGCUUCAUUUAGUCAAUAGCAGAGGAUGUUUUAUUUCAUAUGAGAACUUUUGUCUUAAAUAUGAUAUUAUCUGUAAUCGGAACACAUUUGAUUCUAUAAUCAAAGCCAUCUCCAACUCUAUUAUAUGUUUAAUCAAAGGAUUCCUUUCAACCUCUAAUCCCACCACCCUGUGUCUCCCAUCACUUUUAAUUGGAGGUUACGAUUUCAAAGCAACUACAUUCUCAAACAAAUCUAUCAGAAAUUUGUAGAUUACGAACUAAUUAUUUAAAAUUCCCAUUAACCCCCAAAGCCAAGGAAAUCCAUUUUAAAAUUUUAAAUGAUGUUUAUACUUCCAGUGAAUUAGUACGACAAAGAUUUGGAAUUGAAACUAGAAAUUGUGUAUUUUGUGAUGAAGUAGAAACCACUGAUCAUUUAUUUUUUCAUUGUAUGUAUGUAGAGGCUUUAUGGCUUGACAUUCAUGAGUGGCUCUUCCCAAAGGUUCCUCUUCUUUCAGAUUUCUCUCAGAAGGACAUUGUCUUUGGACUUGUUAUGAACAGUUACAAAGAUGAUUUUCUGGUUAAUGACAUUCUUAUUUUUGGAAAAUUUUAUAUUUUUAUAUUAUAAAAAGAGUACGGUGCGGUUCGUAUUACGUAUUAAUUCUGCGACAGGAAAUGAAUCAGCGAAGGACACCUCACAUUGGCGAAACUGCUGAUAAACACGUGAAAAAUAUAUGUAAUAUUGCUGUGCCUUAAUUUGACUCCAUGCGCAGUGUUUAGAACAGGAAGAGCUGACAGCUUCAGUAGCGGUCGAUAGACAGUUGUGCAACCCGCUGACCUUCGUUUCUGUUUGGAUUUAUUUGCAAGCAUUCAGAGUAUGCUACAGACAUGAAUAUAUUGGAGCGUUAAAACAGACAUCAUGACAGCGGAGGCCAUGUCCUCAAGAGUUCAGACUCAGAUCCCAACCCCUGUUCAGAAGGACUACUACUACUUUUUCCGCUCUUUCGUAGCAGGAGGUGUUGCAGGUUGCUGUGCCAAAGUCACCAUAGCGCCUCUGGAUAGAGUGAAAAUUUUACUACAAGCUCAAAAUCCUCAUUACAAUCACCUUGGAGUGUUUGCCACACUUAAGGCUGUGCCAAAAAAGGAGGGUUUCCUUGGACUAUACAAAGGAAAUGGGGCUAUGAUGAUCAGGAUUUUUCCAUAUGGAGCCAUUCAGUUUAUGGCUUUUGAUAGCUAUAAAAAGUUCCUUAGCACACAACUUGGAAUAUCUGGUCACAUUCACCGCCUUAUGGCAGGAUCAAUGGCAGGAAUGACUGCAGUUAUUUUCACUUAUCCACUCGAUGUAAUCCGAGCUCGCUUGGCAUUUCAAGUGACAGGAGAGCAUCGAUAUACUGGCAUACGAAAUGCCUUCCAGACUAUUUACCUUAAGGAAGGAGGAAUCUCUGGGUUCUACCAUGGUCUGACCCCCACGAUAAUUGGCAUGGCUCCAUAUGCAGGAUUUUCUUUUUUCACAUUUGGUACAUUGAAAACUCUGGGACUCACUCACUUUCCAGAACUACUAGGCAAGCCGUCUCUUGACAACGCUGAUGUUUUAGUGCUGAAGACUCACGUCAAUCUGUUGUGUGGUGGAGUUGCAGGAGCGAUUGCUCAAACUAUAUCAUAUCCACUAGAUGUUGCCCGGAGGAGAAUGCAGUUAGGAACUUCACUUCCUGAUUAUGACAAAUGCUUGAGUCUCAAAAAAACUCUCAAGCAUGUGUACACCAAGUACGGCAUCAAGAAUGGACUGUAUCGUGGCCUGUCCCUUAACUACAUCCGCUGCAUACCUUCACAAGCAGUUGCCUUCACCACAUAUGAAUUCAUGAAGCAAAUUCUUCACCUAAACUAGAACAAUAGAGACUGGGCCUUAAAGGAACAAGUUGAUAUGACCCCUGCCAACAUCAUGGCACCAGUGGCUUCCAUUCCAGUCAUGGGUUCUCAGAAACACCCAUACACUGAUGGCAGUUCUGUGGCUUUGCACUCCCCGUCAACAGUCACUAUGGAUGCAGAGGGUGAAAGCAUCACUGGUCAUGGCAUGGAAACCAAAGUAAACCUAAGCAACUUCUGCAUCAGUUAAACCAUAUAGCUAAUAACAGAAGAAAAAAUUACAAUUGACAAUAUGCCUUAACCUAUCCACCUGUCUCUAACUUAUAUCAGUAAUGUAAGCAAAGCAAAUGAGGCACUAAAGGUUUUAUGGCUGUGUUUCAAUAAUGUAUCAGAAUGCUUUUAGCUACAGUACAACUGAUGAAAAUAUUUUUUUAGUUUGUGACCAAAAAAAAAAGAGAACGUAAUAUUUCUUUGCUAAACUUGGUUUAUAUAUAGCAUAUAUUUCAUCAAAUCUGUGUCACUUCACCUCAAGUCUUACAGGCUAAUAUUCAUUUAGUGAUUUAUAUGUAGCAUAUAUUUCAUCAAAUCAUAGAGAGUGUAUUUGAAGCCUAUGCAGUAUUAAGUAAUAUUUGCAUGCCAAAGUUACUGUGGCUCAAGGCUAAUGUCUGAUCAAUGCUUUACUGUACAGAUUAAUCUAUGAUAAUCACAAUCUCUAUUUUUGGAUGAAAGCAACGUCAAAACAAGUGAAAAUGUGUGUGGUGAGGAGCAGAUCACAGGCGAUUUGUGUAGGUAAAUUAUGAAUGGCUGAUGUUGUUAAAUAAUUCAGUCUUUCCUCAGUUUAGAAUCUUUUAGUGGAGUAGAAUAUCAAAUUAACUAUUGCAUGACUUAUACUAUUACACUUUUACCAGCUCAGAGGUCAUUUUGCAAUUUUCUGGCAAUUGUUGAUGCCUUAUUUUUGUAAGGAAAUAAGCACUCUUCAAUCUGUUGCACUCUUUUCCCAUCUGUUCUCAGUUUUUUGUUGCCAUGUGUUUGUGAUGAAAUAGUCAUCUGGCCAUGAACUUUUCGGUACAUGAUGAAAGUUGCUGCAUAUGUUUCCAAUGGAUGAAAAGGAACAUACAGUAUAUUAGAGAUUAGCCAGUGAAAAUUACAGUAAAUUACAGAGUACAGUCAACAGAGACCGGAGGAUAUUGUUUUAUACGUGAUCAAAUAUAAUCUCUAAGUUCAUGAUUAUUGACAGUCAUGAUUUAUCACAUUUUAGGUUUAUUUGCAUAAAAUUCCAGAGCUAAGUCACUAAAAUGUCUUUGUCUUAACUUUUUUCUGAGGAGGAAGUUUAUGAUGCUGCUCUGAGUUUUUUAUUUUGAAAGGCAUUUUAUCACUAUUAUUUAUUUGCAUUCUGACAAUGUUUGAUUCAGAUUAAAUGGUUAAUAAGCAUUGAACUAAUGAACAACGAAUGUAUGCCUGUUUUGUACAUGUGAUUGUGAUGUGGUUAAUUUGUAUGUAUGUUUACAUGACCAUAAAUGAAAUGUGA